CAGGGGGCGCUGCGGGGCGCGGGGCAGGUGCGCUCCCACCUUUCCAGGCUGCCGGUCCCUGCGCAUCCCGGCGCGGCGCUGGCCCGGGGUUAAUGUUUAAUAGCCCCGUGUGUGCUCAGGGCCGGGGAGGGGCGCCGGGGGCCGCGCUCGCCACGGGCAGCUCCCGGGCCUUGGCCGUCCCGGGCUGCGCCGGCUGGAGAUUAGCGGAGCGCGUGUCAUUGGCUCAGCGGCCGGGGAUAAAUCGCAGGGCCCGCGGGGCACCGGGACCUUCCUGGUGCAGCCGCCCAGGGGUGCGCGGCUCGGGCCAGGUGGGCAGCGAGGGGCUGGCACCGGGAAACGGGGACGCCCCCAACACCCGCAGAAACGUUUCGCUGGAGAGUCCCAGCCUGGCCCUGAUGGCAACGGAAGCCGUGUCCCUGCCACCCUCUGCCCCAGAGGAGUGCCAGGGGGAUGCCCCCACUGGCCUGUGCCCAGCUGGGGAGGGCAUGGAUGUCCCUGGGAAGGAGCACAGGCCAGGGGAAGGUGGCAUUGACCCCGUCAUUGCACAAGAGAGGGAGCCUGGGGCACCCAAGCCCCCUGGCACCACUGGCCAGGACGAGGCCCCAACACACGGACAGUCCCCUGCUGCCUCAGGGGAGGAGGGCAACCAGGCUGAUCACCGUGGCGCCUGCCCCACUCCCCCGGUGCAGCCACACCCUGCUGAUGCCUCAGGCCAGCCAGCCUGCGGAGGGGAGAACAGCAAUGUUGUCUUUGGUGACCCCCCCGAUGCCACCCCCUCCUCGGAGCCACCUCAAGCUGCCAACGUCCAUGGCCAAGCAAGCCCCGGGGAGCCAAAGCUGAGUGCCAGCUCUGAGCAGGGCUGCCAGGAGAGCACUGAGGCAGCGGGCACAGAGACGGGCGAGGAGAAGGCCCCCAGCCCGCAUGGGGACAAGUCACCAGCCACCAGCCCGGGGUCAGAGCAGCCAGCAGAGGAGUCCGAAAAGGAUCCCCGGCUGGCUGGGGAACAGGGACCUCUGACACUGGGCCGCGCUGGUGCCCAGGGGGGCCAGGAUGCCAGCUGCCCACUGAAGCCGGAUGGCAUGCCGGUGCCAGGAGGACCUUUGCUGGCACCGGGGGACCUUGCCCCUUGCAGCCAGCAGGGGGCAGCAGGCGCCAGGCCUGAGGCGGCAGUGCCAAGGUCUCCCGUGGCAACUGGUGACUCCUCUGGGCCUGCCCACCUGGCAAGCGAUGGCAGCUGGGAGCCGGGGGGCGGGGAAGGCCAGAGGGAGGGACCAGCUGGCAGCUCAGCAGGUGGAGCCGGUGACAACAAUAAACCCCGGGGUGAGGUCGGAGCCGGGGCUGUGGUGGAAUCUGAGCCGAACGAGGUGCCACCCAGCGCUGCCGGGCCCCGAGAGACCUCGCCCGGGGGAGACGGUGCCAGGGAACCAGAUGGUGCUGAAGAUCUGGGUGGUGCUGCAGGUCCAACGGAUACCAGGGAUCUGACUGGUACCAAAGAUCCAGCCAGUCCGCCAGAGACAGCCGGUGCCACAGAUCUGGCCAGUGAAGAUCCAGCUGCCCCCAGCGAUCGGGGCAGUGCGGCAGCUCCAACCGGUGCCGACACGCAGACCAGUGCUGGGGACCCAACUGGGGCCAAAGAUCCAGGAGCUGCCUCGGAGCAGAAGGGGGAGAGCAUGGAGAAUGGGGACCCCUCCAGUGAUGGCGAAGCCUCUCCAGCCCUGAAGCUGGGCAGCGAGACCCCCAUCGAGCGGGAGAUCCGGUUGCACCAGGAAAGGGAGGAGACCCUGAGGCGGCAGCGGGGCCUGGCCAGCUCGCGGGACACCCAGCAGUAUGUGGAGGUGCGGAUGAAGCCCAUCUUGAGCCAGGCGCAGCCACCCGCCCAGUUGCCCAAGGAGAAGGAGCGCCAGUGGGCCGGGGCCCAGAUGCAGCGGGAGAUCCAGCGGGAGAGGCUCCGUGAGGAAGACCUGAUGCAGCUGGGCAAGGUGCGGGGCACCUACGACCGGGGCACCCACCAGGAGCUGCAGGAGAAGAAGAUGCUCUUUGAGCAGCAGCCCAACCCCGAGCCCCCUUCCCCCAGGAAGCCAGCGAGGGUCACCUGCGGCAGCAGUGCCAAGACCCCCCGAGAUCAGGGCCCCCGUGGACCAUCCUUCGCCGAGGCCAACAGCCGGGCCAACAUGGUCAUCCUGGAGCCCAGCACCCUGCUGCGCCCCAGCCUCGGCCGCCAGGCCACUCUGGAGCGGAGCCCCUCGGCCCAGGGCAACCCCUUCUUCAGACUGCGCUCCAGGAGCCCCCAGUCCCGGCUGGAGUUGGAGGUGCAGGAGGCCCAGAAGAGGGAACAGGAGCUGCAGAAACAGAGGCACAGUCUGUACGGCUGGGACCUGCCCGGCGAUGCCCAGUGGGCGGCUGAUGGGGAGGAGCCGCGCCGCAGCCGGCCAGAGAGACCAUCCUGUGGGAAGCUCGAUGUGACCUGGCCUCCCCGAGCCCUGUUGGAGAGCCCCCAGGAGAAUGGGCUGGACCAGGUGGAGAAAAGCCCCCGGAGCCUUCGCCAGAAAAGUGCCUUAAUCCAGCGCUGGGAGUCGGGAGCUGUCAGCAACCCAGAGAGCCAGGAAUAGGGAGCAGCACCGAGGAGGGAAUGGAGAGAAAAUGCGGAGGGUGAGGAAUGUCCUAGCACCUCCCAUCCUGCUCCAGAACCUACCCCCCACUUGAUCCUUCCAGGAUCCCACUACUGGAACCACCAUGUUCCCUUCCCACCUACCUGAUUGGAUAAAGCUUUAAUGUGUGUGACCACCCAGGCCGGUUUGAUUGGGUGAUGAACUACUUCGCUUCACCUCCUCCCACCCCAGCUUUCUCCAUGGACCAAUCAGGAGAGACCUAGGUGAAACGCAUUGUAGUUGAUUAUUUUUUAGAGCAAGCCAAAUCCCAAAUUUAAAGGGAUUUUGGAAUCCAUGGAAGGAUGAGGCCUUUAACCCUCUGGACUAGGCGUUGAUCUGAGCUAUCCCGGUGUAACUCCAGAGUCACUCAAAUUGGGUGACUCCAGAGUCACACCAGUGUAAAGGCAAUCAGAACCUGGUUCUCUAUUGUACUAAAACACACAGGUAAGCUUGUAAAACUUGUGGAUCAGAAUCGCCAUCACUUUGAACUCUGGGUUGGGUGGGAUUAUGAUUAGUGUGGCCUUGGGAUGCCUGGGUUCUAGGCCCAGCUGUGCCACUGAUUUCCUACAUGUCCUUGUGCAAGUCACUUCAUCACUCUGUGUCUCAGUUUCUCUAUCUUCUACAUAGUAGGAGGAUAAUGCAUCCCACAGCAGAAAUCAUGAACAUUUGGCCAAAGUACUAGUAUAACUUUGAUCCCAAACAUAUUAAGCCUCAAAUAGUCUCCUCCCCAGAAGCAGUCGCUUCUGAAACAAGCCGACAGAGUAGAUUGUGCUCAGGCAUGAAAUCAGCUUGGGAAGAAGCUACUGGGCAUUUUAAGUGAAAAGGGUUUAAGAA